AUGUCAUCGACAGCCACGCAGCGGACAUUGCUGCUUGCGCUGAGCGGUGUCUCUCUAGCAGCUCUCUUCAUAUGGUAUUUACGAUCGAAGAAAGGACAUGCACCACGACGAGAUACAUCCAUAGAAGAUGUGAAACGAAACGCAAAAACGGAGAAUACAGACAGCACUACGAGACGAGUUCGCGAGUCGGUGGUGUUUAAGAAACGACGAAUUGUUCCAAAACCAGCUAAUUCGGAGCCAUCGCCAGUGAGCGGUGUGGUAUCCGAAAAGUCAAAUCGCGACGUCACACCUGAGAUGACGACCGCAUUAGAAAAUGAGCCAGUGUCGAACAUUGACUCAUCGUCGACUCCUCUAGUCAAUGGGAUUAUAAAUAGUCUCGAAGAGGGGUCUCCUAAAGCCGUCAAGAAAACAGACGGUGAAGAGCAAUCAAAAGGAACAGAAGCAGAUAAGUCUGCAAGUAAUGAAAUCCAAGAAGAAGAAGAAGAAGAAGGGAUUUGUAAGAAAGCUGUAGACCUACAAUUGAGCCUGGACGUUUCACAUCAGGCCGAGCCGGAGGCAUUUUCAUGGUCAGAUGAAAUGGAAAGGUUAGUUCGGCGUAGCCUUAAUGUUUUUUGUCUUUAUACUCAGUACUUGUCAAUGUUAGAAGCAAGGGGGGAUGCACAAUAUGUUUCUUAA